AAUCUGAAACAAACAGCGCAUCCCCUCUCCUUUCCUCUCCUCGAUUUUAGUCUUUUCCUUUAACCAUUUUGCCUCUUUCCUUACAAUUUUUUUUUUUUCUUUUUGUUUUUAGAUUCUCCAAUUCUCACGCACACUCUGUCUGAUCCCUCGCUCGAAAUUUAAAUUAUACGCUUCACUUGGAACUUCGUUUCCUUGUCUGCUCCUCCUUCCUUCUUCUUCCUCUAUGUUUCUUCCCCGCACCGUCCUUCCUCCGCAGAAACUAGGGUUUCAGUGUUUCACUUCUCCGCUAAUUUUUCCUCCUCCUAAUUUCUCAGAUUGUUGGAUUCCGUCGAAAUGAAGCGCCUCUCUUUUGUUAUCGAGUAUCUCAGCUGCUGUGGUAGCUGACCAAAUAUUAGGUUCUUUGCUUCUUGCUGCUUUUUGGCGUUUUCUUCAGCUCUCUCAAGUCUAUUUUGGGUCGCAACUGGAAUUUUCCGCUUCUUUCUACAGAAUUCUCGCUUGUAUUCAAAUUAGGGUUUCGAUGCCGAAUUGCAUCAAGUGCCUGUAUUUGCUGUUUUUCAUCUCCAUUCGAUGUCCCCCCCAGUUUAGAGUCUCUUUGGGAGAAUUUGGAGGAAGUUGUUGUAUUUAAUUUAGGUUGCUGUGUGUAAAUUAGUUUUUUCAACUUGGUUUUUUCAAGUUCUAGGUUGUGGAAUAAGGUUGUUUUUGAAGCUAAUUGCUGCUGCUGUUGUUGUUGUGAAUUUGGGGUUUUCUUAGCUUUUUAUCUAUCGAUGGAUUUUAUUUGUUAGCGCAAGUUUUCGCAAACUCUGGAGAUAGCGUGUUGUACGAAAACUGAGAUUUUUUAUUUUCUACAUAAGAUAUGUUUUAUUCACAGUUCAUAUUAGCCAAGAAAGGGCCAUUAGGGACAAUAUGGAUAGCGGCUCAUUUAGAGAGAAAGCUUCGAAAGAACCAGGUCGCUGACACUGAUAUUGGUGUCUCUGUAGAUUCAAUUCUUUUUCCUGAAGUACCUAUUGCACUUAGGUUGUCCAGUCAUCUUCUGCUUGGUGUGGUGAGGAUAUAUUCUAGAAAGGUGAAUUACCUUUUCGAUGACUGCAGUGAGGCUUUGCUGAAGAUAAAGCAAGCUUUUCGUUCUACUGCAGUUGAUUUACCUCCAGAAGAAUCAACUGCUCCAUAUCACUCCAUUACAUUGCCUGAGACUUUUGAUCUUGAUGAUUUUGAGCUGCCAGAUAAUGACAUUUUCCAGGGUAACUACGUUGACCAUCAUGUCAGUACAAGGGAGCAGAUUACACUUCAAGACACAAUGGAUGGUGUUGUGUACUCAUCAUCGCAGUUUGGUUUGGAUGAGCGUUUUGGUGAUGGUGACGCUUCUCAAGUUGGUUUGGACCUUGAAGAGGACCUCUUCCUAGAUAAGGUUGCAGCAACAGGGAGUGGUGAAGUUUCUGAAAAUGAUGCUUCAAUGCCUGUUGAGCCAAUACCACAUCCAAAAAUUGAUACAAGUCAUGAAGGGAUGACUGAAUCUUCAGAAGACAUACCAUUGAAUGGUACUAGAGAAAAGAUGGAAGGUUUUUCUGCAAAUUUGGGAGGCGUUGACUAUGCUCAGGCUCCAUCUACCCCUGGGUUAAUGGAAGAGCCAAAUGUGUUCAGUGUCAAGGAAGGUCUGGUCUGUGAGGAUCAUUUAGAACCAGAAGAUCAGAAUUUAAGUGAAUGUGUACGAAUAGGGGCCUCUGAAAAUGUCGCCACGUCAGACAUUCAUCAUAGGGAUGAUGCCAUGGAUUUUUCUUUAGGUGGUCAUUUCAAUAGUAAUUCUAGUGUGUGCAUGCAUGCUGAAGAUAGCAGCCACCCUUCUGGUGAAUUGGAGGUCAACCAAACAAGGAUGGAGGGAGAUUCUCUUUCUACUAAAGUGAUUGCAGAAUAUGAUCCAGUAGAUGGGAAUGUUGGUGUACUGGAUGGUUUCAACAAGGUAGAAGAUGCAAAUAAAGUUGUUCUGUGCAAUAAUGAAGAGCCUGUCCCCUCUAUAGAUGGAAGUGGAGAGUGUGACAAAUCCUUAGGAGUUAGGUUGCGAGAAACUGAUGAUGUCGAAAUCACCAGAAACAUGGAAGAAUUACACUCAAAUGGCAAACCUUUUGUGUCAAAUCCUAUCCACUCAAGGGAAUCGCCUAGUGCUCCAAACUCUGUUAAUAUUGAAGGUCAGGGUUGUCAGGGACUUGAGGAAGUAAUGAAUGACAAUGUUAAUAAUGAACCAAUAGCAACUGCUUGCACAAGUGUGCUCCGGACAUGCAGUUCCCGUUUAAGUGAGCCUGAUAUUGCAUCUCAUGAUGUUGGUAAUUCUAUGGUUGCUUCUGACUUGCAAUCAGUAGACACUGUACCAUUGUCAACAGAGUUGCUUGAAAGGGAGGAAGGGUUCCAUGCUUCUGGAACUUCCACUAAGGUGCAAGUUCAAGAGUGCCACAAGACUGAUGUUGUGCGGUCAGAGGAAAAUCGGAUUUCUGAAGCCACUUUAAGUGGAGAAAUUCUGGCUGAUGGAGGAACACAAGAGGAUCAACUGGACAAGGCAAUCUCUAAUGAUAACCAGUGUGAAGAUCUGAAUAGUUCCUUGACUUCUGAUUUGCCUGCACCUGAGAAGUUGCUUUUUGCCCCCCAGAGGCCUCUGGAUAGACCACAUGAUUUACUAGUUGAGACACCUGAUAAACAAGUCCAAGAGGAGGGUGAUGAAAGUGGUGCAGGGACAAAAAUUUCUGUGAGAAAACGAAGUCUUACUGAAAGCUCUUUGACUGUGCAAAGUGUAAAUUCAGUUGAAUCAUUCAGCAUGACCAAAUCAACGAGAACACUAGAUUCUAUUCCUGAUGAUGAUGACUUGCUAUCUUCUAUAUUAGUCGGAAGAAGAUCUUCAGCUUUGAAAAUGAAGCCAACUCCACCUGUGCCUGAAGUACCACCUAUGAAGCGUGCUCGGUCUUCGUCUCGACCUUCCACAUUGAAGAGGAAGGUGCUAAUGGAUGAUUCAAUGGUUUUGCAUGGCGAUACUAUACGCCAACAGUUGACUAACACUGAGGACAUCCGUCGCAUGAGGAAAAAGGCACCUUGUACAUGCACUGAAAUUUUGAUGAUUCAAAGGCAAUUCUUGGAAGAGGGAAUCUUUAGUGAACCAGUAUUAACUGGCAUGUUAGCAGAAUUGUCAGAUUUGCACAGUGAAGCAUUUGAUUUGAGCAGAAUCACGGUUUCUGAAAAUGAUGACAAUAAUAAUGCUUCUUUUGAAGCAUUGGAUGAUGAAGAUUCUGCCAAGCAAAAUGUUAACCAACAUAGCGGCAUUGAAGGAUCCACAGAACCUGGUAGUUGCAGAAAUGACUUGGAUGGACAAUUCUCUGAGACUCCCAUUCAGAAUGAUAAUCAGCAGGUUGAAGACCACUUUGGCUCCUAUGAUAUUGGUAAUCAAGAACACGUGAAUUUUAUCACAGAUGCAGCUGAUUAUAGAACUUCAGAACAUGAACAUUUGGGAAAAAUAAGCGAAAUGGAAAUUGAUAAAUUAGAUGCUGAAGUUGCUGAUGCCACAAAUCAUUCUGCUCAGGGGUUUGAGACACCCCAAAGAGAGCCACUGUCUGGAGAUAUUUUUGAAAUGACAACUGGUACUCUUGAUCAGUCAGACGUCAUGGACAAAAUGAUUGGUUCAGAUGAUUUUAUGCAGAUGGAUGCUUCAAACAUGCCAUCUGAUAAGAUUGAUACACAACUGGUCGAGGAAGUUGCUUCCUUAAGGGACAUGAGCAAAGGCAGAGAGCUUGAUGGUAUUGAAUUUGUAGACCAUUCUGUAGGGCAAAUUAUUGCAAAUGGAACUGAAUUAAGGACAGAAGGGAUUCCCUUGGAGGAAAAUAAAGCUGGUGUACCAACUGAAGUCAGGGAUUUUCAUCCAGAAGGUUGUGCACCUAUUGAUGAUAAUUUCAGUUCUGUAAAUGUAGACCAGGCUAUGGAUGAGAUUGGAAAUGAUAAGCAUGGAGUUCUUUGUGAGAUUGGAGGUUUGGUUGUGAGCUCAGGGCUUAUCGAUGAUAAGGACCAAGUAUCUAAUCCUGACCAAAUAUCUAAUCCUUUGUGCAAUGAAGAAUCUAAAAUGGAUUCUGUGCAUCUGGUAGGACUUGGUGGAGAUUUUAAAAGCACUUCCAUGAAUGGAGAUACAGCAUGCGAACAAGCUGAGCGUCAGAGCAUCAUGGAUACAGAAAAUACACAGCUUGACUGUGUUACAACUGGUGAUUGUGGUGAUUUCCAAGAUGAUGCAUUUGCAAAUAACACAGAGUUCUUGAAUGUUGAUGAUGAUGAAAUAGGUGAAGACUAUGAGGAAGGCAUGCCAAAUGCUGAAGAUACUCGUGUUCUUGACAAUAGUGGGUGGUCUUCUCGCACCAGAGCUGUUGCCAAGUACCUUCAAACGCUAUUUGAUAAGGAAGCAGGACAUGGAAGAAAGGUCCUGCCAAUGGAUAGUCUACUAGCUGGUAAAACCCGGAAGGAGGCAUCAAGAAUGUUCUUCGAGACCUUGGUACUUAAAACGAGGGAUUAUGUCCAUGUUGAACAGGCGAAGCCUUUUGACAAUAUCAAUAUAAAGCCACGAGCAAAGCUAAUGAAAUCAGACUUCUGACCUCCUUAGGGAGGGGCUGAUGCAUUUGAAAAGUCCAUGUAGUCCUAGCUUGGAUGACGGUUGGGAAAAUCUGUCCUUUCUUUUUUAAUUAUAUAUAUAUGGUUAUUAGAUUUUUCCCCCCUCCAAAUUGCUUAUAUUAAUAUUAUUGUUUAUGUAACUUGUAGAUGAGUAGUGGGUAGGGCUGCACCUCACCUAUGUUGAUUAUAUAGAAAAAUGGUGUAAUGCAAGAUCAUAUGUGAAAAUGUGUAAAAUAUUUACCAUUUGCAAGUAUAGAUGCUAAUUUAACUGUUUA